AUGCUGACCCUUUUAUUAUCGUCCUUAUUCCUUUCUUUUUUCAUUGGAUUUUCCUUGAGGUUUCUUAAAGCCGAUGGGGAUUUCACGUUAUUGUCCAAGAAUCACGUGAAGCGCGAAGAGAUCGAGGAUAAGGUAAUUUGGAUUACUGGGUCCAGCCGAGGGAUUGGGGAAGUGCUUGCUAAACAACUUGCAAAUCUAGGAGCAAAGCUUAUUAUUUCUGCUCGAAAUGAAGCUGAACUACAGCGCGUCAAGAAACAGCUCACUGGAAAACAUGCUCCACAUGAUGUGAUGAUUUUACCUCUGGACUUGACUUUGGGAGAAGAUUAUCUUAGAGAGGCUGUAGAGAAAGCAGAAUCCUUUUUUGGGGGUUCAGGUGUGGAUUAUAUGUUUCACAAUGCAGCCUUUGAGCGCCCUAAAACAACAGCUCUAGAUGUGACAGAGGACAGCCUCAAGGCCACAUUUGAUGUAAAUGUUAUGGGGCCACUAUCUCUUACGCGACUCCUGGCACCUUACAUGCUGAAGCGGGGAAGAGGACAUUUUGUUGUGAUGAGCAGUGCUGCAGGAAAAGUACCUGCACCAGGUCAAGCUGUCUACUCUGCUUCCAAAUUUGCUGUAAAUGGGUACUUCCAUACAUUGCGAUCUGAGCUUUGCCGAAAAGGAAUCAAGGUUACUAUUGUUUGUCCAGGGCCUGUAGCGACGUCUACCAGCUCUGGAGCAAGCAUCUCAGAACAGAAGGGUUCUGCUGAGAAACGCGUAUCAUCAGAGAGAUGUGCAGAAUUGACUAUAAUCGCUGCAAGUCAUGGUCUGAAGGAAGCUUGGAUAUCAAAUCAGCCUGUGCUUCUUGUUAUGUACUUGGUACAGUAUACACCAACAGUUGGAUAUUGGCUAAUGGAUAAGAUUGGAGCAAAGCGGGUUGAAGCUGCAGCUCAGAAGGGGAACACAUACUCAAUGGGUUUGCUCUUUGGGCAAAAGAAGGAAUGA